AUGCUUCACGUCAGCGUGAUAUGGUCGUGGACGCCGUUCCCGCCGAUGACUUUUUUCUCUGUGGUGGUUGCUGCGGUCAUGGUUGCGGUGGGCUGGGGCCUUCUCGCAACGGCGCUACGGCCGCGGCCGCUGUCCAGAGCAGCGAUUCGCUUCAAAACAGCGGCACGAGCCGCACGCGGUUCUGGAAAGUUUUUCUACGAUCCCAAGGCGGGAAAAGAGAAAAAAUCGUCUUUUCCGACGAUCUUCGAACCUGCCUCAGUGUACCUGAGCGUGAUUAUACCAGCGUAUAACGAGGAAGCGCGUCUGGAGCACACGCUGCAGGAGGCCCUGCAGUACCUGGAGAGGCGGUCCACGGACACCACUGGCUACAGCCCUGAUCCCUUCACCUAUGAGCUGAUCAUCGUCGAUGAUGGUAGCAGGGACGCGACGGUUCGCCUCGCACACCGGUUCACUGAUCGAUACGGAAGCGAUAAAGUGCGUGUCCUUGUCCUUCCACAGAACUCGGGCAAGGGCGCUGCAGUGAAAGAGGGCAUGCUGGUUGCGCGUGGGAAACUGCUCUUGAUGGCGGAUGCGGACGGUGCAACGCGUUUCAGGGAUUUCGAAUACCUGGAACGGAAGAUGCACGACAUUGCCGACUGGGAUCACGAGCUCGGCGCGGUCGUCGUCGGUAGUCGAUAUGUGUCGCCACUGGGCGCAAGCAACGCAUCCUCCAGUGAACGUGCGGAGUCGAGCGCUGGUGGUGGAUCGGUGCCCCAGAUCCAUGCGUUGCGCGACUGGCGUCGGAAACUGCUCGGCAAGGGCUUUAACUUGCUCGUCAAGUACUUGGGCGGGGUUCACGAUAUUCGUGACACGCAAUGUGGGUUUAAAUUGUUUGCGAGAGAGUCAGCGCGAACGCUUUUUCUGACACAGCACCUGAAACGAUGGGCAUUCGAUGUUGAGCUGCUGUAUCUCGCGCAACGCCUGCGGAUACCGAUCGCUGAAGUUGGGGUCAACUGGACCGAAAUUCCCGGGAGCAAAGUGCGUGUGGUGCGGGCGAUCGUCAAUAUGGCGCUAGAUAUUUUGCGGAUGAGAGUACGGUAUUUUCUAGGCGUAUGGCGGAUCGAGUAUGCCUAG